GAGGGAACACAUGGUCCCUCUCCCUUCACUUUUUCAGAAACUACGUACACACACUCAGUCUCAGCCCCCAUUUUCAAUUCUUUUCUUCUCUUUUCCUCUUCCUCCACAGAAUCUCUCAUCGAACUCGCUGCUACGCAUGGCGCUUAAUCUCACCUUUACCUCGAUCUUCCUCCUCCUUCCUCAUUCAAUCAUCACCAUCUCUCAUCACCGUUUUCCAACCACAUAACCAACCUCACCUUCUUCUUCUUCUUCUUCCACUUUUACCAAAAAUGCUUACAUGCAUAACUCGCCCCAAGAAACUCGCCGACGACGAUUCUGACUCAGUGAACAACAACAACAACAGUGCAAAGAGUCAUCACCAUCAUCAUGGCGUCAAGUCACUCACUGAUCAGAUUAAGGACAUGGCGCUCAAGGCGUCCGGAGCGUACAAGCACUGCACCCCCUGCGCGCCGCCGCAACCGCCGACACGACCCGGAGCGUCUGACUCGGAGCGGGUCCGGUGGGGGAAGGAGAUGGAGGCGAGGCUGAAGGGGAUCUCCAGCGGGGAGCUCACGCCGUGCUCUUCUUCAUCAUCCUCCGCCGCCGGGCGGAGGAUGGUGGUGCUGAUGGAGGACGAGGAGCCGAAGGAGUGGGUGGCGCAGGUGGAGCCCGGCGUUUUGAUCACCUUUGUUUCGCUCCCGCGUGGCGGAAACGAUCUCAAGCGGAUACGCUUCAGCCGUGAGAUGUUUAACAAAUGGCAAGCUCAAAGAUGGUGGGAAGAGAACUAUGACAAGGUCAUGGAACUUUACAAUGUUCAAAGGAUUAAUCACCAAGCUUUCCCCCUUCCAACUCCAGCAAGGUCUGAAGAAGAGAGUUCAAAGCGUGAAUCGAUAGAAGACAGCCCUGUCACACCUCCACUGACGAGGGAAAUGUUACCUCGUAGUUUAUAUCGCCCAACAGGGAUGGGAACAGGAUACUCAUCCUCAGAUUCUUUUGAUCUUCAAUCAAUGCAGUCUCGGCAUUACCAUGAUUCAAACGGUAUGAGCUCAACCCCAGAGGUUUCCACCAUAAGUGCUGCUAAGACUGAUAUAUCAUCAAUGGAUGCUUCUAUAAGAAGCAGCUCGUCUAGAGAAGCUGAUCACUCCGAGGACGUAUCACUUAGCAAUGCCAGUGACCUGGACACUGAAUGGGUUGAGCAGCAUGAACCUGGGGUUUACAUUACCAUCAGAGUUCUCCCAAGUGGCAAAAGGGAGCUCAAACGAGUCAGGUUCAGUCGAGAAAAAUUUGGAGAAAUGCAUGCUAGACUAUGGUGGGAAGAGAAUCGCGCCAGAAUACAUGAACAAUACCUGUGAGGUUUUCUACAAUUGAUUCUAAAACCAGAAUCAAUUCUGGUGACAAGUUUCUCGAUCAGAACCCAGAAUUGUUGCUACUUGCACCUCUACCUCAUGCUAUAUGCACCCCUAGACCCUCGUGUUCGCCUUCAUGCAACCCGGUUAUCCUCUUGGAUGAGGGAAGGAAGUUUAGCUUCUAUUAGCUAGAGAUACCUGUGGAUCAUGAGCAGCAAUUGUUUUCUUCAAAAUUAUAAGUGAUGGGUGUAAAUUAUAAAGCUGUUGAAAUUGGAUACAGAGAAUGAUAUACUCAUUACUCAGAUUAUAUAUCUGUUGCAACUCCUUCACUCAGAUAUCUGCUAUCCUGCGCAAAUGAAUAAACUUGCAUGUCUCAAUGGGAGGAAAAGCUUGUAAGCUCAUUAAUAGUGAUGCAAUGACUAUCUUAUAUACUCCUA